AUGCUGCAGUCCCUGGCCGGCAGCUCGUGCGUGCGCCUGGUGGAGCGGCACCGCUCGGCCUGGUGCUUCGGCUUCCUGGUGCUCGGCUACCUGCUCUACCUGGUCUUCGGCGCCGUGGUCUUCUCGUCGGUGGAGCUGCCCUACGAGGACCUGCUGCGCCAGGACCUGCGCAAGCUGAAGCGGCGCUUCCUGGAGCAGCACGAGUGCCUGUCGGAGCCGCAGCUCGAGCAGUUCCUGGGCCGGGUGCUGGAGGCCAGCAACUACGGCGUGUCGGUGCUCAGCAACGCCUCGGGCAACUGGAACUGGGACUUCACCUCCGCGCUCUUCUUCGCCAGCACCGUGCUCUCCACCACCGGCUAUGGCCACACGGUGCCCCUGUCGGACGGGGGUAAGGCCUUCUGCAUCGCCUACUCGGUCAUCGGCAUCCCCUUCACGCUCCUGUUCCUGACGGCGGUGGUCCAGCGCAUCACCAUCCACGUCUCCCGCAGGCCGGUGCUCUACUUCCACCUCCGCUGGGGCUUCUCCAAGCAGCUGGUGGCCAUCGUCCACGCCGUGCUCCUGGGCGCCAUCACCGUGUCCUGCUGCUUCUUCAUCCCGGCGGCCGUGUUCUCGGUCCUGGAGGACGACUGGAACUUCCUGGAGUCCUUUUAUUUCUGCUUCAUUUCCCUGAGCACCAUCGGCCUGGGGGACUACGUCCCUGGCGAAGGCUACGACCAGAAGUUCAGGGAGCUCUACAAGCUCGGGAUCACCUGCUACCUGCUCCUUGGCCUCAUUGCCAUGUUGGUGGUCCUGGAAACCUUCUGCGAGCUCCACGAGCUGAAGAAGUUCAGGAAGAUGUUCUACGUGAAGAAGGACAAGGGCGAGGACCAGGUGCACAUCAUGGAGCACGACCAGCUGUCGUUCUCGUCCAUCGCGGAGCAGGCGGCCGGCGCCAAGGACGACCCGAAGCAGGAGGAGGGAGCCGCCCUCGAGGUGGUAUCAGAGGUGUUGCUAAAAUCCACGCCCUGCUAA